AUGGUAAUCAGUCUAGUUGAACUGUGUGCGAACACAGUUGUUAAUCAUUUCGAUCUGAUAGUCAGUCAACAGUCAGCACGGUUGACUUCACUCGCAGUCGAUGCCAAAGCACGGCUCUUUCAAUUACUUUCUCAUCGCGGUCUGAUUACGGAUGAUAAUCUCCCAUACUUACUCAAUUGUCGUACGCGUACAUUCGAUUUGCGCGAUUGUACCAAAAUAACCGAUCAGUCCUUGAUCUUAAUGGCACGUUGUUCGUUAAAUGCUCAAAUCGAACGCAAGCGUCUGGAAUCGAAUCAAAAUCAAGUCUCAACAUUUACGAUUACAUCUGUACUGAAUCCAUCGAUAAUCUAUCUCCAUGGAAGCAGUAUAACAGAUCAGGGUAUAAUUGAAUUCGUUCAGCAAUACCCGUCGUUGCGAAAGAUUCGUUUACAGAAUUGUUCGCAUAUAACAGAUGCAAGUAUUUGUGCAAUUGGAAAAUAUUGUUUACGUUUGAUGGAGUUGGAUUUAACUGGUUGCAUUCAAAUUAGUGAUGAAGGUGUCAAUUCUCUUCGACUAUUACCCUAUAUCCGAUCAUUAAGUUUAUCUCAAACUCGUAUUAGCGAUGCAGCGUUGAUUGCGAUCGGACAAUCAUCAUUUCAUUAUACAUUGAACGAAAUCAAUCUGAAAAUGUGCACAGAGAUCACCGAUGAUGGAUUUGCGUUUCUGCUCAAAAACUGUCCGAAAUUAAAGAAGAUCGGGUUUCUUCAAUGUCCCAAGUUAACCGAACGAUCAAGAGAAAUCUUUAAUGCACAAACUCAUCAAUUCUCCUUUCUCCUUCGGACCAUUCCGGUCACAUAA